GCCCCACUUCUUCUUACGCUCUCUCUUAUCACAUCACAUAUACGGAGUCUAGUCUAGACUACCUAGAUCUCUCUACCGGACUGUUUAUGGGUGUCUUAGCUCGCACGAUGCUGCCAUAUACCUACCGUAUUCUGUUGGGCCAGCGACAUGAUCGUCGCUUACUAUCAAAAAGCAGCGGGCGGCAACGAGUUCGUGAAGGCACAUGAUACUUCUUUAACGGCUCCUUCAUUGCCGAACUCGGGUUGAUGAACAUUCAGCCAGUGUGCCAGUUGUCAGAAAUGGAUCGUGGUUCCUAGGAAUAGAGGUGUGCUUCAGAUUUCCGAAGCAUUCAAGCACCCAAUGGAGAUAUUAGCUAUCCGAACCCCGGCUCUUUUUUCAGCUGCCUUCGAGGUCCCACCGACCUUCUUUCAGCCCAUAUGGUUCCUCUACAGAGGCUCUUGCAGGUAACUUUUACCAUCAUUGGCUAAACCCCUGUUCGCCUAACCAAUCAGCAUCGAGGCGGGAUGUAAUUCGAUCCCGCCUUACGAAUGUACUCGUACCGUAUGUUGUUGGUGUCCUCGAGUUUCUAACUGCUCUAAGCCUCGCCUUGGGUUUGAAUGCGUAGUAUAAAUCAGCGGGAAAACUAUGGAUAGAUUUUUGUCGGAGGCCUCAGGAUUCGAACAUUUUGAUUCGGACCUAGUCAUCAUGAAAGAUGGACACACCAGACUCGCACCAUACUACGACUCAAGAUUGGGCUCGAUUACAGGAUGUUAUCACGAAAUUAUACCUUGACCAAGAUAAGACCCUCGAGGAGGUCAAGUCGUAUAUGGAAGAGCAUCAUGAAUUUUACUCUACUGUUCCCAUGUAUAAGAAGAAACUUGCAGCAUGGGGUGCAUUCAAAAACCUCCGAUUUGAUGAGGUCCUUCAGAUACUCUAUCUAAAGAAGCAUCGCGAUAAAACACACAGGCCAUCCGUAUUUUAUAUCAGGAGCCGAGAGGUAGAUCAUGGUAGCCUCCAGCUGUAUCUGUCUCGAAACCCUUCCGUCUUCGCGAAGCUCAGGGCCGGAGCAACGCCUAACCCGGAAGCAAUUCGAGACGUGACUUGUCGAACCCCUCCUUCAGGCUCGUCUCAUAAACGUCUUUCGCCACGGCCCAAAUGUUCAACCCCAGCAGGGCGGCGUAGCCCAGUUCCCUCGUUUCCCGAGGACAUGUUUCAGGCGCUGCAUAUUUACUUGGACAAAUCUUUUGAGACGGGCCUCUGGUCUUGGUCAGAUACCCAUUGUUGGAAUACUCAUGGCCGAUGUGGACCUUCAGGACUUUUAAGUUCAUUACUUGAUAGAUGCGUAACCGCAGGCCUAUCAGUGUCUCGUCAAGCACAGCCGGGCGCAGUUAGGAAAGCCCUCGAUGCCCCCCUUUCAAUGCUGGCGAGAGUGUUUAGGAAUCCUCCGCCAAUUCUCAUACCCAGAAUACUAUCGACUGCUGCUCAUUUAACUCGAAUUGGACGCGGAGAGGUACGCGGUUUACUACUUCAAGUUUGUCAGGACCUUAGCAUGGAAAUUUAUGGUCAGAAUAGUCCGCUUGCGAGGUUCUGGAAAAGUUUCGUAUCAAUCCCUUACAUCGAACAGCGGGAUGCUACGGAGCGUGUCUUAGCACUUUGUGUAUCAGAGUAUGGUACGCGGCUAGGAUCGACUCAUCCCUUAACUAUCGAGACAUAUCUUAAAUAUUUCGACGCCGUAGAAAGGGAGAAGGAUCCUAGAGUUCAAUUACAAAGUCUCCAAUACCACUUGUCUAAGAUCCGCGACAACUUUGCUGACCGGUCCUUACUCGGUUUGCUUAAAUUGGAGCACGCAUUAGCGACUUGCAAAUUGAAUUUGAAUCAAGGAUUCCUAGACAAAGCCGAAGAAGCUUUAUCUUGCCUAAGCCCUGAUUCCCUGGCGGCUAGGGAUGAAUCCUUUCGUUGUGUCUGGCUUGGGUAUAUCAAGUGCAUUAAAAGGGACUUCCGACAGGCCGAAAACUUUUAUAGAAACUCGGUGUUUGCAGCAAGGCUUGCUGGCUCCCGCGAUUGCAUUCUUGAAUCUCUCUUCCAACUUGAGACUUUCUUAUUACAUAUAAAGAAACCAGUUGAAGCCGAGAAAAUUCGCGCAGAGCGAUUUCGAAUGUUUCGCAGAUUGGAUUCUCUUGUCUGGGCUGAUCAGAGCGAGCCGUAUCCUGGAGACAACACUCCUGGUCCUACGAUCACAAUAGUACGUAUCGGUUCCGCAAAAGAUCCUUCCAAAUGGAGGCCUUCUGCCUUUAAUGAGGUUACUGAGUACGUUGGCGCAUCGGAUUCCCGGUCAUAAUCAGUACGUGUAUUAUAGGACUUCUUAAUAAUGAGAUAGCAUUGUAGCAUAAACGGCGCGUUAAUACAUAUGGAAACAGAUGGCAAGGAUGUCUAGCAUUCGGUUACUUUGAAAUGGAAUAGUUUGUCAUGUUGAUUCUAUUACUUACGUUAUGGUGUAUGCUUAUUUACUCUAGUAAUAAUCAGAAGUACCUAAUGUAUAAUUUAAAUGAUAAUAAUC